CGCCGCAGUCGCACACCCGCGAGUUGGCAGUUGGCGCUCGAACUCGUAUAUAGACAUAAUGCAACUCGGCGCGCCUGCAUUUGUCAUCGUACUUACGUGUAUUACACGUCGUCGCGUUUCGGUGCGCGAGAUCCGCAGUGCCUCCUCGUGAUUACUGGUGAAUCGAGUACUGGUGCAGGUGUUAAAAUUAAUCGAAUAUACUUUGCGGUGUGCAGUGCGCGCGUGCGUUCUGUAUAAUAUAAUAUAUGUGGUUUAAAUAAUUAAAUGCCCGAGAACGCGUAAGCCGCGUGCUCCCAUAUAUACACAUAUAUAGCACGAUGUGCGUGUAGUGUGCGUGCAGAAAAUCAUGCCUCGUCGCCGGACUGCCGCGGCCCGAGACACGUUUAAUAAGUGACUACUGCUGGGCGCGUGAACGCGGUGUGCGGACGAAUACGCACACACACACAGACACGGACACAUUAGUGCGGCAGCCUAGCAGCAGCAGCAGCAGCAGUAGCAGUAGUCGCGCACUGUCUCCAGUCUCCGCGCUCAGCUCGAUUAUCAUUAUAUUAUUAUAUACAUAAAAUUGCAACUGCAGUGCAGUGCAGUGUGUAGUAUACCGCGACACUCAAAUAUAUACAAUACACAUAUAACGGAUACGAAGCUCGAGGGACUCGAGGAUGUUGUUGCUGCAGCGAGAGAAGCUAAAAAGAUGAGAUUUGGCGUGCAGCACGUCUACUGGAUGCUGCUCUUGACGUCCGUCGUGUCCAGUGCAUUGCUGUUUCUGAUCGUCGCCUCGGAAAGCGUACAGAGUAACAAGUUCAUUGGACCCGACAGGAGGAAGCACGAGUCCGACCUGGACGACAAUGAUUCUCGCAUCGGGGAAAUUUACACGGAGCACGAGAGGCCCAGCAGCUGGGCCAAGCUCGCUACCAAGGAUAGACACGACCACGAAAGUAUCCAAACGUCCGUAUCGUCGAGCUUCGAUGCUCUCGGCAAUGGCGAAGGCACCGAGCUCACCAAAGGGAUCAAGAUACCGAAGGAGAGCCUCGCCCAGCGGCCCAAUCUAUCUCGAGGAAUCUCCGAGGGCGGCGGAGGAGGCGGUCAACCGGUCGUCGUGACGCUGAUCGACAAUCGUCAAGCCGCGAGUCUGGAAAAUCUCGCGACUCGCAGCACGACGGAGCAGCUGCGUCACGGAGCUGUUUCUGCCACUGCAGCCGCCAACGUCAGCGAGCAGCAUCAUCAUCAUCAACCGGUCCGAUUACCAAAGUCCAUCGACGAAGCGACGACGACGACGACGACGAUCGACGACGCCGAUAACAAUAACGAUAAUAAUAACGAUGUAAAUAGCAAUAAUGAGACUGAAUCGACGAAGACGACGACGACGACGACGGACGACGUGGUGGUCGUCGUCAGAGCCGAGAGGAAGAGCCACAACGUCGACGUGGUGCAGCAGGCAGCGGUUGGGAGGAGCGACGGAGACGAUAAAGAUGACUCUGCCACGACGACGACGCAGGCUGCAGCAGGCGCAGCAUUGGUUACCGAGAUCGACGACGAUAAGAAGCCACAGCAGCAGCAACAAGACGUUGAACCGAUAACGAGGGAAGAGCAGCAGCAGCAGCCAAUCGUCGUCGUCGUUCCACCGCAAACGUCCCAGGAAGCUACGGCCGACGGCCUCGCGGAGGAAGGAUCGGCGACGGCCGCUACUACUGCCUCGGUGCCAGCUGUCCCGAGUCCCGAGCCGACUCAGCACGAGGAGAUACCGUCCUUCAACGAGUGGGCCCAGAAACGACUCGAGGAGGCCGAAAAGAAGAAGACGGGUCAUCCGAACGCGUCGAUACAGACGGCCAACGGCGGGGCCUCGGGUCGCGGCCUCGGCGGCAUGCGCAUGCACUCGAAGAACUACGCCUCGCCCGACUGCGGCGCCAAGAUCGUCGCCGUCAAUCCGGAGGCCCAGAGCGCCAAGAACGUCCUGGUGUCGACCCGCGACGAGUACAUGCUCAACACCUGCAAGACCCGCAUCUGGUUCGUCGUGCAGCUCUGCGAAGCCAUCCAAGCGAAAAAGAUCGAGCUCGCGAAUUUCGAGCUGUUCAGCUCGUCGCCCAAGGACCUGUCCGUGUACGUGAGCGAUCGCUUCCCGAGCCGCGACUGGUCCGCCGUCGGCCAGUUCCAGGCCCGCGACGAGCGCGACGUGCAGAGCUUCCAGCUGCAGCCCCAGCUGUUCGGGCGCUUCAUCAAGGUCGAGCUGCACACGCACUACGGCAGCGAGCACUUCUGCCCGAUCUCGCUGUUUCGUGCCUACGGCACCAGCGAGUUCGAGGUGCUCGAGACCGAGACCGAGAGCGAUCAGGCCCACGCGGACAGGGCCAGCAGCGCCGAUGGCGACAUAGCGAUAGGCGACGACUUCGAGGCGAGCGAGAGCGACGACGACGACCUCGUGUUCAUCGACGAGGCAGCCGCGGCACCCAGUGGCGGCUCCGACUCGCAGCAAGCGGCGCGCAACAAUCAUCCACCACCUGUGGCGGCGCCCAACAGCAUCUUCGGUAGCGCGCGCGACGCCGUGCUGAGCCUCGUGCGCAAGGCGGCCGAGGUCCUGGUGAAGAGUCGCGAUCUGCGCUCGAGCAACAACAUCACCAAGAUCCAGGAGAGCAUCGAGGGCGACGUCCUCGGCAACGAGACCCUCGACGACUGCACCACGCCCGUGUACAACGUCGCCUGCAAGGACUGCGACGAUCGGCGCUUCGCGCGGGUCUUCCAGCUGAUCAGCUGCAAGCGCCACUAUCUGGAGGCGCUGCUCGGGGCGCCGUUUCUACGCCGGGCCCUGAUCGAGAGCCACCUGUGCAGCAGCAGCGCCGGCUUCGAGGUUCUCCUGCAGGACGGGGGCGACGACGACGCCUGCGGUGACUCGGCUGCUGCUGCUGCCAAAGGUGUGAAUCGCCACGGCAAAGCUCGACUGCUCGCCGCGCUCUUCACGCCCGAUCACGUGAUAGCGCUGUGCAACGUGCUCGCGGCCAAGGAGCAGCGACUGUUCGCCAACGUCAGCCAUCAGCAGCGCCAGAACGAGACGAUGGCGGACGCUCGGCAGCAACAGGGAGGGACCGCGAUCGAGCGCGACGCCGAGCCGAGUGCCACCGCGGCGAGUGUCUUGGCUGCUUCGAGGACGACGAUCAUCCUCGCCACCGAUACGACUUCCGUCGUCCGAUCCAAGACCGACGGACCGAGACAAGCGUCGCCUACGCUCGGCCUCGUCGUCGAGAGCGCGACGAAGCAGAUAAGACCCACCAAGACGGUAUCGAUCGAAGAAGCCAAAAAGUUAUCCAUUCUCGAUCCCGUCGAUUCGAGCAAGAGUCAUCAUCAACAGCAUCACGCGUCGUCCGAGGAGACCAGGGCCGGACAGUCGGAGACCUCGAGCAUCUCCGCCGCCAACGCCGUGCCCGAAGCCGCGUCGAAGCGUCUCGCGUCGAGCUCGCCAAAGGUAUCGCAGUCCGAGCAAUCGCAGAUGCCCUCGACUCAAGACACGGUUUCCAAACGCGAAACCUCGAUCGUAAGCGACAGAGAGCAACAAGCCAGAGUCGACGGCGCCGACAAGGACACCAAGGCAGCCAGAACGGAAGAGGCGUCGCAGGAUUCGAGAACGAAAACGGAACAACUGGCAAAAGCUAAGGCGGACGAUCAAGACUCCAAGGAUCAGUUGAACUUUGAAAGUUUCGACUUCGAAGUCGAGAGCAACGGCGGCGGUGGCGGCGGCGGAGUCAAGCCCGACUCGACGAUCGCCAGUCAACCCGCCAACACGGUCACGCAGCAGCAGCAGCAUCAGCAGAAGGAGUCCGUCUUUCUUCGGCUCUCCAAUCGCAUCAAGGUGCUCGAGCGCAACAUGUCGCUCUCGAGCCAGUACCUCGAGGAGCUGUCGCGCCGCUACAAGAAGCAGGUCGAGGAGAUGCAGCGCACCCUGGAGCGCGCCAUGUCCGCGAUGAGCGAGGAGUCGCGCAAGGGCGAGGAGCGCGAGACCAAGCGCCUCGAGGAGGUCACCGGGCUGCGUCGCCAGAUCGACGUGCUCACCCACCUGCUCGAGGAUCUGUAUCGCGAGCGCGAGAGCUGGAGCCUGAGAUCCUGCCUGUCGCACGGCCUGUUCUGCCUGAUCAACGUGACCAUCGUCCUCGCCGUGCUGUCCUACUGCAAGCGCGGUGCCGAGGAGGAGUACGUCGACGACGUUAACCAGGUGACGACGGCCGACGGGAGACGCGACGUCGUCUUGGCGAGAUCCACCGCCGGCAGCAACAAAGCCAGGAGUUACGAGCUGGUCAAGCAGAACACCAGCCAGAUGGCGAAGAAGCCGAAGAAGAGACGGCCCAGCGAGAUCGCGGCUCAGGUCUCGGGCAAUUACGAGCAGCUGAUGAUCGAGAGCGUCGUGUCGAGCAGCCUCGGCAAUCCGACGACCAAAGCCGGACGCAGAAAGAGACGCAAGAAGGACUCGCUGGUGACGCGCAGCGCCUCGAUCAAGGAGACCGGCGACGACAGCCGCAUGGUCAUGCACUCGCGGAGCGCCUCGGCGAGCGACGCGCUCUGCUACGGCGGCUUGGAGACGACCAACGCCGGUCUCGCGCACCAGAAGCAAAGUCGGCCGGACUCGGCGCCCGACAGCUCCAUAGCCUACUUCCCCGUGCCGAAGCAGCAGCAGCAAAGUCAAGCCAAAUCCGCGCAGGAUAAGAGAAUACAGAUACUGAAGAUGAACGAGGCGAACGCUGUCGCGGUCGACAAGAGCGACGACUACGACGACGACGACGAAGAAAUCGAGAGAAAAGACGACGAGAACGGAUCCGUGGACGGUGAUAAUUUCGGACAGCCCGAUAGCACUACGAGCAGUAUUCGUUGCAAGCCCAUGAAGAUCAUGUCGCCGUCGUUCAUGCGCACCGCGCUGAGCUCGCGCAGCAAACGCUUGAGUUUUUCCAGCGGUAAAAAGACGUUUCACAGACUCGGUAGCUCGACGAUUAUCCAAGAUUCGCUGAGCGAAUUGGAGGUUUGCAGCUCGACCAAUGGACACUUCGAGGAGAGCGACGGUAGCGCGUCCACGACGCCGAGCAAAAAAGAGAAAAAGACCAGUUGGCCGAAGCGCAUGAAACGUCAACCAACGAGAUAAAUUAGAGAUCUUUUUUGAAAAAUAGGUUUUCAAUUCAUAGGAAAAAUUGUGUAAUUAAAAAUUAGUUGAAUCAUUUAUGUUAACUUGGACUUUAAUAAUCGAUCAUUCAAUUGACAAAAUCGAAGAGUAAUGCUGCAAAAGCAGUACGUAAGAUUCGUUCGAAUUGGAUUUUGUAAUUUAAUGAAUCUAUCGAUUGUUACAUUUUUUAAAUUAAUUCUGUGAUAUAUCACAUAAAACUGUAAAGCACAAUGAAAUAGCUAGCGUUGGAUGAUACUUGGUUUAUCAUUAAACAAAUCACAUAUAUUUUAAUGGACAUGAUUAACAUGUCUUGAUUGCAUUUAUAUUAAUGGAGAUUUUUUUUCCUCGGAUGUUCAAUGAUAAUUGUAUAUAUAAAUGUUCCGAGGAAAAUUGAAAAAAAUGAUUCGAAUAGCCAAAUAUUAGAUGUGACUGUGUGGACGUAAUUGAAACCAAUUGUAUUUCCCAAAUGUUUGAAAGUUUAUAAUUGUAUAAGUUACCUUGUGCGAGUUGUUGUAAUUGUUUAAAAUUAUUAUUAUGUAAAAUUUGAGUGUACACAAAUUUGUUAUAAAUUAAUCUAUUUUAGAGAUUCAGUCGAUAUGUAAGUUAGAAGAAAUUAUGUAAUGAUUAUCUCGAUUGCAUAUCAAUUAUUAGAAAAAGUUUUUUUCUUAAUCUCAAGCAUUUUAUUGUACUUGUCGUCAUUUUACACGAUUGUUUUCGAAUCGUGAACCCUGUAUUUAAUAGGGACGUAUAUUUUUUUUACCAGUGAGAGUUUUUAUUCUGUGAUUUUUUUAGCAAAUGAAUGAAAAACUCACGCUAUGCCUUAGACAAUGAAAAAGUUGAAUCUGAUACAAGAAAUUGUAUACUUUUCUGCAUAGACGAUAAUGUGUGUGAAAAACUUUCCUGACAAAUGAGUCGAGUAAAACUAUUGAUAUUAAAAUAAACACGCACACGAUUUUGUGUCGUAUGUUGUAGAAUAAACAUGCCAAACCAAGUUUUUCUACAGUUGACUAAUCAAACGAUCGUGUUUUUCAUGGAACAUGGAUGAUUUCAUAAUUUUGUACUGAGAUUUUUAUAAGAUAAUGGUGCAUUACUCGCGAAUUCACAUUGUAAUGUAUGAAAUAUGGUUUUCCAUAUAAAGUUCCAAAGACGCAACCGUUUGAUAUUUUAAAAAAAUUUUUUUUAAAAGUAAUUUCUUUAUAAUAGCCACUACCUCAGCUAUUGGAAAACUUGCUACUGUGAAAUAAAUUUUUCAUGAUACUUUGCAUAUGAUCGAUAUCAUGAAAAAUUUAGUCACUUAACUAGUCAUAGUAAACUAUCUUGUAAUAUAAAAUUUUAUCGAUAACGAUUAUGUACUGCAGGGCAGAAUAUAAUUGUAAAAGCGAUAAGUAUUUGUAUUUUACGCCAAAUAAACGUUCUCACGAAUGUAUCAUUAAAAAUGAAGGCUGUAAUUCGUAAUUUCAACUCAUUUUAUUUAUAAAAUGUAAAUAUAAAUUUAAUAUAAUUUACAUUUGAAUCUUUAACACUUAA